AUUAAUGAAUGAAUGAAGGUAAAUCUCCUGCUCUGUACAUUGCAGCACCUGUCACCCAAUUCCUAAUUUAAAUCACUGUUUAUUUAAUGUCCAGCAACUCUGUCCAGGUACAUGCAUGAUAGUUCUUUAUUAUCCAUGAGUUAUAUGACUCACCAGAUUCAAAAACAGAAUAACAUAAAUAUGAUAUUUAUAAACAAACAUCACACAGGAGAGUAUACAUAAAUAGAACAAAAGCUAUAUUAAGCAUCUCUUUUUAAACAUGCUAAUUACAAGUAUUUACCUAAAUUAAUCAAUUCUUUGAUAUGUUUAACACUUAGUAAUUGAACCAGUUUGAAGGUACUUGGUCUUUUAUAACAAUUUCAUUAUAUAUAUUAGGUCACCUGAGAUUACUCAAGUGACCUAUUGCAUAUUGGUUGUCGUCCGUCGUCGUGCGGUAACAGUUGAACAUUUUUAACUUCUCGAUAACUACUAGUCCAAUUCUUUUCAAAUUUGGCAUAUAUUGAAUCAUUUUUGGGACAAGGGGGACAUAAACUGUGAAUUUCAGGACUCCAGCAGCCCCGGAGCCUUUGGUGCGGGACAAAAACUGCCCAAAAUUGACCAAUUUUCAAAAAUCUAACAUCAAUAUUUCUGUGACUUCGCCCAGAAAACAUUUCACUCCAAGUAUUGAGCACCAAUAAUUUGUCACCCAUGCCCCCAAAAGUGCCCAUGUUGUUACAAGCACUCCAAAAAUGUUUACGAGCACCUCCAAAUAAGAUAUCAGAUGCAACAAGGGUUUGUUCAGCCCACUUUCUUCCAACUGAAGUACGGCGGUCAUUGAAUGGAAUACGGUCUUUAAAACCAGGGAGUGUACCAAGCAUAUUUGCUUGGAAUUCACCAGUUAAACGGAUCAGGCCACUUAGAAGAUCAUUGAAAAACAUGUCACCAGUACGAUCUGCAGAGGAUAACAAUUGCAGUAUUGAGGAAGAGCCAGAAUUAUCGUCUUGUUUUGUGGAUCAGACUGGAUUAACACCACCUGUCACAAAUGACCAUGAUUACAGUGUCCAUACUACAACCAAGGACCAACUUCAGGCAGCCCAAGAGGAAAUUAAGGAUUUACAGGAAAAGCUUGUAGCAGUAGAAAGGAGACUUUUUUCUGUAGAACGAUUCACCACAGAUCCCCAGUUGAUUAACUUUUACACUGGUUUUAAAAAUUAUGAAACCUUAAAAUGUUUGUUUAUUGCUCUUCAGCCAACAGCAGAAACAAUGAUCAGGUGGACGCAAAUGCAGAGACAUUCCUCAAAUGUGGAAAACAUGAAGUUAAAUGCUAUCCGUAAUGAAGCAUUGCCACUAAUUGAUCAGUUUUUUAUGUUCCUAUGUAGAGUUCGUCAGGGUUUUCCAGAACAGGACUUGGCUGUUAGAUUUAACAUAUCUCAGUCUUCAGUGAGUAGAAUUUUAAUAACAUGGGCAAAUUAUUUGUAUACAAUGCUUGGUAGUUUACCUUUAUGGCCACCUCGUUGUGUGGUUGACAGUAACAUGCCAAAAUGUUUUCAAGAAACUUAUCCUCAUGUUAGAGUGAUUUUGGACUGUACAGAAAUUAAAGUUCAAACUCCUAGCUCAAAAGUAUUAAAUUCUGAAAUGUACUCGAAUUAUAAAAGUCACACAACAUUUAAAAGCUUAAUUGGGAUUACACCUUGUGGUGCUGUUGCAUUUAUUAGUUCAAUGUACACAGGUAACAUUAGUGAUAAAGCUAUUACUGCAUUGUCAGGAAUUUUGGAUUUGUUGGAGCCUAAUGACCAAGUCAUGGCUGAUAAAGGGUUUUUGAUUGAGGACUUAUUAGAGAAAAAACAAGCUUCUUUGGUAAUACCUCCUUUUCUUGGUGAAAAGGGUAAAUUUUCUGCUUUGGAGGUAGCACUUACGCAUGAAAUAGCACGCCUUCGUAUUCAUGUUGAAAGAGCUAUAAGGCGGAUAAAAGAAUAUCAUAUAUUUGAUGGUGUCAUUCCUCUUAAUUUAGCUUCAUCCAUUAAUCAGAUAUGGACUGUUUGUGCAAUACUAACAAAUUUCAGAGGACCUCUAUUCUAGUUAAAUGUGAUUACGUGCACUAGGAAUCUUAUUAAUGAAAGGUGAAGAUAACGAACAGUGAUCAAUCUCACAACUCCAAUAAUACUGUUUAAUUUUUGACCGAGUUGCACACGUGCAUCUGUCUUAUGGUAUGGUGAAUGGCGGGUGGGCUUCCCUGUAAUAGGUAUCUACUUUGUGCAAUCAACUCCUCUCACAGCUUUUACUUGACAUUUUUCAGACCUUGUACAUUAUAGCUGUUAUAAAAACAUUGAAUAUAUACAUGUGAAAUUCUAAAGUACCUGGGUUUAAAAAAAAAAUACAUUUAAUAUGUCAUUUUUACAGAGUGUUUUAUAGAGAUGUCUUCAAUGAGUAUUGUCAAUUUGUUAUCAGUACAAUUAUAAACUUAUGAUUGUAUAGCAGUACACGUUUUCAGUGCACAUACAUUUACAUGUGUACAAUUUAUUCAUGUGAUAUAAAAUAAAUAUUUGAAGAAAUAAAAAGUUUUUAUUUAUGAGUAGAUUACAUCGAGGCAAAUUUGAAUUUUAUGUUGAUAAGCAAUGACCAUUAUAAUUACGAAAAUUACAGAGGUAUAUAUUUAUUGGAAUACAGUGUACUAUAGCAAGUUGUCUCAUGAUAUAUAUUCCUCAGCCUUGCUGAAAUUAAAUUACAUAUACCAAUUAUAGAGGUAAAAGCAAUUCUGGCAACAUCAAGAUUACAAAAAUCACUAUGAAGUAUUGUAUACUGUUAUGUUCAAUAAAUUCUGAGCAGCAAUUACUGACAUCGAUGUUAAGUAAUAAAUGCAUUUACAUCAUUCUGACAAUUUCGGGCAAGAAAUAAUUAAAGUAAAAUCUGUCCAGAGACAACUUGAUUUCUUCCCACUUCUCUUCAUUAAAGUUUAUUCUCUCUUUAUGGUAAUCCUGUCUACAUUUCACAAAAAAGUCGCACCAAUGGAGCCCAGUAAGUGCCAUCUGUCCCAUCACUUGGUAGUAAUAUUGAUGAGAAUGCUUGAGUUUGUAUGUCCCAUCAUUGGUCCUUUUAAGGUACGCGCAUUCUUGAAAAGAAUCUUUGUCCGGACAUUUGAUCUCUAGAAGUCCAUACUGUGAUGCAGAAUUUGGGUCAUAUAUUUUUCUGUCUGGUGAUGCUCCAAGAUGCGGAGAACUUGGGUUUAUAACAAAGCCACACAAGUACACAUUAUUUCCAGUUAUAUCGGAAUAUAAUUUUGCUGCUUCAGGUUCAUUUUGCAAGCCAAAUUUCAUAGCAACAGUCUG